AUUGAAUUAUUACUUAAAUAUUUAGGAAAUGACCAAAGUUUUUGUGUUAGGCCUCUUAAUCUUAUCAAUAGUGAUGGGCCACAAUCACCCCAUGGUUGGAGUGAUAACUUAUCCAGGUUCUCCAGGAGAAGUAGACUCUACAUCAUAUAUUCAGGCAGAAACUGUCAAAUUUGUUGAGAGCACAGGUGCGAGAAAUGUUGCUAUUAAGUACGACCAAAAUUGGAUAACCUCUUCUGAAGAACUUGAUAAUCUGAAUGGUAUUAUCCUUCAAAACUCUUUUAAUGGGGCUUAUAAUAAAGAUGAGACUUAUGAAAGUGUACUCUUAAAUGCAUACCUAUAUGCAGAGGCCAAAGCUGAUGACCAGGAUAUAUUCCCUCUGAUGGCAAGUGGAGUAGCUGCUUUGCAAUUAAGUGAGAUUCUUAGUUCUUCUCAAGAUUUGUCUCAAUAUACUAUUGAAAUUGAUGCACUUGAUCUUGUAACUGACUUAGAAUUUACCAAAGAUGCAUCCCUUUAUCAAAAUAAUAUGGCUCCAGUCACUUUGACUAUGGCGAGUAUUAGCGAGAAGUUCAUAAGAUCAGCAUCCAAUGGAGGUGUUGCUUAUUUCAAUCAAGAUAAAGGAAUUACAAUUGAAUCUUUUAAAAAUGAUGAAUUUAUUUCCAACAGCUUUGAAAUAGUUGCUACAGCAAAAGAUAGGCAAGGAACAGAAUUCAUUGCUCUUCUCGUUGGCAAAGAAGUCCCAGUAAUUCUUUCAUUUGUACUUCCUGAAUCUAUCUACAACUUCUACCCUGAGACAAAUGUACCUCAUUCAACUGAGGCCACAAAGUUCUCUAUAGAUUUCUCUAAAAUCUUCACUGACCUCACAAAGAAAAACGACCAGACAUACGGUAGUACCGAGACAGAGUAUUCUAAGAAUCUGUAUAACCUAGAGUUGACCACUACAGUUGGGCCUGAAUUCCAGACUUUCUAUUUCUAAAUCUAAAGGCUCAAUUUAGC